AUGGGAUCUUCACCGGGUGCUUUUCCAACCCUCGAAUCUCUGCACUUCCCCUCUGCGCAGACCUCUAUAUCUCAAACUCUUUCUUCGCUACGGCGCUCGGCACUCUCCGUCUCCAAUCGUCUGCAAUCUAUCGAGACGGAUGCCGAGUUUGUCCGCGAAGUGGCCGAUCAUUAUGAUUUGCCCCUCGUUGCUAAUGAGCGCUGUGGAAGUUGGUACAUCGAUCCGACGGUCAAAGCGGGUAGUGCAUAUUUUAAGAGUACCGACGGUCAUACAGGCCAGUGGGAUUUUAGCUUUCGACGAUUGAAUCUACAGCUGCUGCCGCUUGCAAAUCAAUAUGGAGGAUGUGUGAUUGUGGAUUCUACUCGCCGUGGAAAAUUAAUGCCCGAUGCUCUCUCAAAGACCGUCCCCAUCUGGUGCGCCGUGCUCAAUCGGGCCUUGUUCCCGGAACGAAAAGAGUAUCAUGCCGUAAGGCUGCCGCCGAAUUACCUCGGAGAAUCAGAAGAAUCUCAAAUUGCAAGCCGAAUCGACGGCUUCGUGCAUUCGCUGCAGAGUCUCAAGCUCGACCUUGAGCAUCUACGACAACAGGUCGGGAAGCCGAUGCAAGUGGCAUGGGCUAACCGCUCUUACUUUCAUCCUUCCAAUCCCACCUCUGACCAGGGCUCUCAUUUGCUCGUACUAUGCUCAGCGUCCAAGCGUGUUCUGGGCGCGGAAAUGUCCGAAGGUGGGUAUAUUCAAGGCGCCGGCGAUGACAGUGAGGCAUGGGCGCACGGACUCACGCCGCCUGUGUUUUGGGUCAAUCGAGAUAUUCUCAAACAGACGGCCGAAGAGGAUCUGCCCAGCGUGAUUGCGGAUUUGGUGGCGGAGUAUCAGCGCCAGAACACCGAUCACCAGGCGACGGUAAUUGCCCCGACUCGCAAUCUGUACAUCAGUCAAACCGAUGCUCGAGUGGAUGUCGGUGCACAGUAUGAUCUGGUCAUUGACUGUAAUGCGGAUGCUGCCGCGGUGGAGAGUAAUUCCCGACGUCUCAAUCUUGGGUGCGCGUCCGCAAAGCUCGGAAGUCGAGAUUUGCGCAAGUCCUUGGGCAAGGUGCGCGACUUUGUCGCUGCGCAACUGGGAGGUGAUGCCUCGCGGUCUUUGCUGGUAACUUGUGAGACUGGUAAAGAUCUCUCGGCCGGCGCGCUGUUGGCCAUUGUCUGCUUAUUUUAUACUGAGGAUGGGACGUUCGAUCUUUCGCAAACCAAGCGCUCAAUGAGCAAGCAGUUCAUCCGACAACGUCUUGCGUGGAUCGUUUCUUCCAAGCACGAUGUGAAUCCAUCGCGGUCGACCCUUCAAUCCGUCAAUGCCUUCCUCAUGGAACCGCCAGAUUACUAA